GCGAAGAGUAGAGAGCCCAACAUCACAGUCAGCAUUCUAAGUUUUGCAGUCAACGGCCAACAUGUGCAACGACCAGGCUGCCGUUCCGGCCAACCAUGGGCCAGUCAUCGUGGCUGAUGAAAUCACAGAUGAUAGCUCAUCAGAAAGAUUGUCGAGUAUAGCUUCUUCAACCACGAGCUUAUCCAGUUCAAUUCUCCAACAUCGUAUUGAGAACGGGAGGACAUACCACAAGUACAAGGAGGGCAGAUACAAUUAUCCAAAUGACGAACGGGAGAAUGAUAGGUUAGAUUUUCAACACGAGCUCUUCCUCCUCACCCUUCACGACAGAUUGGGGCUUGCUCCGCCGAAUGAGCCUAACUGCAAAGUCAAACGCGUACUCGACCUUGGAACUGGUACAGGAAUCUGGGCCAUUGACUUCGCCGAUGAACAUCCAGAGGCGCUGGUUUACGGGGUGGAUCUUUCACCUACACAGACAACUGCUGUACCACCCAACGUCAAAUUCGAGGUCGAUGACAUCGAAGAGCCCUGGACAUACCAUGAGCCGUUUGAUUAUAUCCACUGUCGUGCAAUGACGUCCUCUGUCUCCGACUGGAAGAGGCUAUUUAAGCAAGCCUUUGACCAUCUCGAGCCUGGCGGGUGGUUCGAGAUGCAGGAGGGUCACGUCCGACCCUUGUCCGACGAUGGCACCUUGACCCCGGAGCAUUCCUUGUCCAAGUGGGCGGAUUACAUCGAGGAGGCCUGCAACAUCUUUGGCCGUCCCUUUGCAGAUGUGCCGGGCCUUGUGGAGGUCAUGAAGGAGGUGGGCUACGUCGACAUCACGUACAGCACCUUCAAGUGGCCCAUUAACACUUGGCCGAAGGACCCGCAUUACCGGACCCUCGGCCAGUUCAACCAUGAAAAUUACAUGGACGGGAUCGAAGGUUUCACACUUGCGCCCUUCACCCGGGCUCUCGAGUGGACUCGGGAGGAGGUCGAUGUCUUCCUCAUCGGUGUUCGUAACGAUCUGAGAAACAGGCACAUCCACGCGUAUAUUCCCAUUCAGUUGGUGCAUGGACGUAAACCUGGGGAAACGCCAUAGACUGACUGAGGGGCAUGGUGAAUACACCGUGAUAGCUGAAUGAACUUCGAAAGACUGAAAAGCUCAUUGCAAAGGAAGAGGGGAAUGGAGGGCUUUCAACACAAGACGUACCCCUAGAAUCGUAUCCUGUCAGACACUUGAAGGCCCACAUAAUGUCUGCGAAGAACUCUGAAUUGGGUCAUUCGUUGUCUCUCGAACUAAUGCAACGGCCCAAAGCCGCGGUCCUAGCCGGCUAUUCGCAAUCUG